AUAAACGACCCUACACCAUUAUUAUACGUGUCUCAUUCAUUACCUCACAUAAAUGCUAUUGACUCCAUUAUUCAUGCAUUUCUCUUUCUCCUUUGUUACAACAUCUCUCAAUUCUUUCAAUCUUAUCUUCUUCAUUUUUUUUUUAAAUUUCUUAAUGAAAAAUUUAUCUAAUCAUGAUCACAAACCCUUACGAACCCUAAGUUAGGAUCACAAUCAUCUUCCAAAUUUCCUUAGCUCUAAAAUCAUCAAGAAAUUUGUGAAAUCCUCAAAGCAUCAAUUCAUAGCAUUAUGAUAAUAAAUCUCCAAGAAUUUUUUUCAAUUGAACGGUGAGUUUUUUCAAUUGAAUUAUUUAUUUGAGUAUAACCCACAAGAAAUUUAUGUCUCUCUAUACAUAUGUCACAACUUUCUUCAAUCUCACUUCACCCAUUAGUUUAAAUUUUAUUUCACUUCCAUAUUUUUUUUACUCUCAACCAUAUAUUAAUUAAGAAUUUCGUCCUUGUAUUCACCAACAAAAAAAAAAUGUCCUUGUACUUUAUUCUUUAAUAUAAAAAUAUAUGCACUAUUUUCAACUUAUGUGAGUGUGUAUCAAUUAAAAUUAUGUGACAUGAAAAUUAAACACUAAAACAACGUUUACUUCACGUCAAUUAUUUGGAAGAAAAAUUUAUUCCAUUUCCAAUAAGAACAAAACAAAAGAGAGACUAUGAGAAGAAAGCAAAGUAGGAAUGGAAGCACAAAAAUAUGCUUUCAAAAUGAAAAGUUCAACAACUACUACAUUAAAAGAUGAUUCUCUUUGCCUCUCUAAGAACCUUGUUCCAUAUACACUUCAAUUUCUACUUCCUAUAGCUUUGUUACCUAUAGUUCUUCUUUGUAUAUACUUUUACCCUCUCUUCCUUACAAAAUCUCAAACAAAUGAGCUUCACUAUGGCACUAUUUCUUCUCCUCCUCCUCCACCUUAUCCAGUAAAUAACAAAAUCAAAGCUGAAAACAACUCAUGUGACUACUUCAAUGGAAAAUGGAUUCAUGACAAGAGUGGCCCUUUGUACAAUGGAACAACAUGUGGAACAAUCAAAGAAGGACAAAAUUGUAUGACCAAUGGAAGACCAGACUCAAACUACCUUUACUAUAGAUGGAAACCAAAUGAAUGCAAUCUUCCAAGGUUUGAACCAAACACUUUUCUCCAACUAAGUAAAAACAAACACAUAGCUUUUAUUGGUGAUUCUUUAGCUAGGAACCAAUUUGAGUCCCUUCUUUGCAUGUUAUCAACUGUUUCAAAGCCUAAACCAGUUCAUCAUAAAGGUUCACAUUGGUGGCACUUUGCUUCUCAUAAUGCAACUAUUUCAGAUUAUUGGUCACCAUUUCUUGUACAAGGUGAUGAAAGAUCAAAAUCAGGGCCAAGUUUUAAUACAAUGCAUUUGGAUCGCGUUAACGAGAGAUGGCUGAAGGAUAUGGAUGGAAUGGACUUGAUUUUUUUAUCAUUUGGGAAUUGGUUUAAUGUUCCUUCAAUUUACUAUGAAAAUGGUUUGGUUUUAGGAUGCUUGAAUUGUUCUAGUUUUGGUCUUAAUUAUACCGAUAUCGGUUUUUAUGUUCCAUUAAGAAAGGCUUUAAGGACUAGUCUUAAUGCUAUAGUUGAGAGGAAAAGAGCUAAAGGGAAAGAAAUUAGUGUGAUUGUGAGAACUUUUUCACCUACUCAUUUUGAUGGUGAUUGGGAUAAGGCCGGAACAUGUUCGAAGACCGAACCUUACGGAAAUGGAGAGAAGAAAGUUGGAGAAAUGGAAAGUGAGAUUCGAAGGAUUCAAAUAGAGGAAGUCGAAAGUGCUAAGGCGAAAGCGAAUGAAUUCGGAGGGAUUAGAUUUGAGGUAUUGGAUGUAACUGAAUUGGCAUUGUUGAGACCAGAUGGUCAUCCAGGUGCUUAUAUGAAUCCUUUUCCAUUUGCUAAUGGAGUUUCUGAGCAUGUGCAAAAUGAUUGUGUUCAUUGGUGUUUGCCGGGGCCUAUAGAUACAUGGAAUGAGAUUUUUCUUGAGAUGAUGAAGUGGGAUUGGAAGGGACAACCAAGGAGUGAAGAGUGAGAUUUUCAUCUUAUCUUGUUAAUUUAUUGAUCUAAAUCUUUGCAUAGAAAGGUUAUGUUUAUUCUGUUUUGGUAUAUGUUGAUGGGAGGGAUUUUUGUUUAUAGUUUAUUGGGACCAAUAUGUAGAAGUUAAAGUUUGAUGUACAUUAUUCUUGUAAGUUACAAUGUCUAUCCAUAAAAAUUGCUUUUUA